AUAAGCAUUAAGCUGCACGACUUGUGUCUAACUGUCUAGACUUGGUCUAGACUGUCUAAGUUUCGGGUUGUUUUGAGUUAAAUAAUGAAAUUAACAGAUUGAUAACACAACCAAUUACAAUGUCUGCUGCAAACGCAGCGCCCAUCACCGCUACGGACAGCCUUACCCAAGCGUUGAAGGCUAAUAUUAUCCCUAACCAAGAAUACUUAUUACAGGGUUCAGUAUUGGACUCUGCCGUGGAGGUUUUGCUGCAUCGGCUGCGUGGCCUAUGCGACAAUGUCGACGCCGGCCCUGAGACCUUUGACGACCAAGAAGUCUGCUUCAGUCUUCGAGACCCUAAUCAACAGACAGCCCCACUGAUGUUACGCGUGCGCAAAGCCCUGGACGCGCGCGACAUGCCAUACCAGCUCCGUUACAUUGGACAACCAGACCUGGGCGACAAGAAUCGUCCCACUGUGGUGCGCUCCAGCCUCGACAUUGCCUGCAAUGGCAUGCUUCUGGAGUUCCUCAGUGAGCUUGGCUGCAGGAUCGAGUUUGAAUAUAGUGUUAAAGGGUACAUGUUUCGGAAAGGAAGGAUGAAGAUAACAGUUGCAAAAGUAUUCAAGAUACCACAGAACUCUAUGCCUCCCGAGCCCAUUUCACAAAGCUAUCUAGUUGAGCUGUCGGUGCUAGCCCCUCAAGGGCAGGACGCGAUCGCGGAGGACAUGCGCGCGUUCGCCGACCAGCUUCGGCCGCUGGUGCAACUCGACAAAAUCGACUACAAGCGGCUCGGCCACAUGACAUAGCCCAUGUUCCUGGCUUAGGCCGCGUCGACCGCCGCCGCCGCCGCCGCCGCGCCGGUCGACGCCGCCUCAGCCGCGCUCCGCUGGGAGGCUGCUCUUGAUGCGAUUGCGUCCGUUUUACUUCAUUCGUAUCGUUUCAUGACUACAUGUAGUCUUACACUGACCAUAUUUUAAUUGUAAUUUAAUUCGUUUCCUUAGCCCCGCAACAGCUAGCGCUUGUACAGUAAAUAUUUGGUAAACAAUCUUCUGGCAACGGAUAUUUAUCUUAAAAAAAUCUUUGUACCUCUUUAGUGCUAAGGUCAUAUGUAUUUGAAGAUUGUUUAGCAAAUAAAACAAAUAAUUAUAGAUCAAUUUAUUCUAUAUCCCUUUUUUUGCAAAUUAAUAAAAAAAAGUGUGUUCUGAAUUUAUUGAAAAAUUAUCAAACAAAUUGUAAAAGUACAUAACUUUAUAAUGUAGCUUUAUAAGCGAGCGUCCCAUGGUUUUAAUACCAGUACAAAUUGCCUUUUAGUUGCUUUUAUUUUGGUCGUUUUUAAAAACGAAUUCUUUUUUUGUAAUACCAUUGAUUCAAAUGUUUGACAGCCAUUUUAUCGUGUAUAGUGGGCCGCUAGAGGAUAAGAUCAGAUACCUACAUACAUUGCUAAGAAAAUGGAUAUAGGUACAUAUAUCCGAAUUAUUAAAAGCUACCUAGUAUACUUGGAACAUGAUACUUGUAAGUUAUUAUAUUCGUCAGAUGUAAAAGUAGCAACUGCUUUAUACAGUUACAUCGUGACAGAUAUAUAGAACGCAUACAAUUUAUUCAUUAUUCGUAAGAAGACAUUUUAAUACCUACAUCUAAAGUAAGGGAUAAUUAAAAUUGAAUGAUUUGAUUAGUUUUAAUUUAAUUAAAUGCCAUAUGUGAUGUAUUAAUAUCUGAAGGUGAAAUAAGACUACUAACCAGUCACUAUACGCCUGUUAUUACUUAGGUACUUAUACUUAUUAGUUAUGCCUUUAAAGACUAUCUUUAGGAAAUAUGCCUGCACUGUGGUGCGGUGAUUUUUAUACUAGAAGUUAAAAUGGUAGUCAAGGUAAUGAGACCCUAUAUAUAAUUUCUGAAAUUCAUAAAUAAUAGAUAUGGGCCAUUUACCUAUGGGCAUACCCAAAGUUAAGCCCCAUUUAGACGGUUCAAGAACUUGCAUGCAAUAUUUAUAUAAGUUCUUGAAGGCUUGAGUCAUUCUCGGAUAUCAAGUGCCACAGUUUUGCACAUAGACAUAGAAAUUUAGCCGAAGCUCGCAAAAAUAUUGCUAAUAAUUAACAUAAAUUGAUUCAGUAAUACAUAAUGA